AUGCCUCUUUUGAAAAGAAGGCCAUUUAUUUUAAUUGAGAAGCCUGAGGAUUUAAACCCUAAUGAGCUUGUCUUUCAAAUCCGGUUCACAAAGGAAAUCUUCAGGAGUUAUAAUGAAUAUUUGAAGAGGAUCAACUUAUAUCGCAAAAGUGUCUGGACAUGCAAAGCCACAGGGAAGGAACACUUGACCUAUGAAGAAGCCUUGGUAUCAGAAGAAAAAGCUUCUAAAAGAAAACAAAAUGAAGCUUCUAAAGGAAUACAAUAUGUUCCUGCCGAAUAUGUAGCUCCGAUUCUUCAUGAUGUCCAAUUCAGUAUGUUGAACUUAAAAGAUCUGGUCAAUUCAAUAGCUUCAAAGUUUCAAGGGCCCCUUACCAAGGGUGACGAAGUAUAUGGAAGAAAAGAUGGUCGUUUACAUCUAUGCAAAAUUGUAAAAGUUGUUGAGGUUGCCGACAUAAAACAAUAUGAAAUUGAGUGGCUGGGUCAUGACAAAACUAUCAGUGGAAAGGCAUUAGUUAAUGGUGAUGAAUUGAAAGUCAAGAAUCCACCAUUUAGUAAACGGGCUCUGAAGUUUUUCAUCAAAGAUUCAACUUACCGAAGUCUUCCUUGGGUUUUACAUGACAAUUUAUCGAAGAAGCAUGGGAUCUCAACUAUCCCUCCUGAAGAAAUGAAAAGUGAUAUUUCACUACAAAAUGGACUUGUUGUUUGUAGUAGGAAGAGGAAGAAAAGGGAAGAGACACAAAGUGCCAAGGUCGCAAGUGAAAAGGGGAUUAUAGUGUAUGUGCGGAGGAAUAAACUUGCAUCUUUGUUGAUGGGAAAGAGUGCUGAUGGAGAGGAUCAGUCCUUUAAGUAUCCAGUUGAUGACUUGCUGGUGCAACCUACCGCAGAAGAUCGACUUCUGACAGAAAGGCCUUCCCCAUGCAGGGAUUUCAAUGUGCCUAUGGAGUGUGUCGGGGAUCUUUUGAUGGUGUGGGAUUUUUGUACUUCUUUUGGAAAGCUGUUGAGUUUAUCUCCUUUCUCCUUAGAAGACUUCGAAAAUUCGCUUUGUUAUAAAGACAGCACUCCAAUCCUUAUUGUGGAAUCUUGUUCAUCUCUUCUCCGCUUACUUGUGAAGGACAGCAGAGAGUUUGCGAUGGUGGUAGAAAAUCGAAAAAGGAAACCAAAGAUUACACAGAUUACCUGGAUUGAAUAUCUAUGCGAUUUCCUGGAAACAAUUUCUGCUGCGAAAAUAUCCUCACACAUAAGUACCAUUAAACGAGGACAUUACGCCUUGUUAGAGAUUCAUAUUAAAUUGGCAAUUUUCCGCGAACUGGUUACUCAGGCUCUAGAGACAGAAACUGCGAAGAACAUGUUGGAUGAGUAUAUUGAAGAAGGACAGGCAUUUUCUGCUACACGGAGAGAUGAAGCUCUAGAUGAAGGUAGAAAGAGGAGAGAAGAAAGGGAGCGUAGGAAGGCAGAAGCUACUGGUAAAAGAGCUACAGGCUCACGCAAUGGAAUUACUAAUGAGAAAGUUCGCUCUCAAUCAAAUCAUUCAUCUGGACACAGUGAGAAUGAAGGAGACAGCACAACUAAGAAAAAUGCUAAGAAACGGAAGGUUGAGAUGAACACAACCUUUGAAGAUGUUAAUCAUCCAUCAAAGAGGGACAUCCAUAAAUUGAUGAAAAAUGAGAUUAAGGAAUCAAUAGAGAUGAAGAGUGCUAAAGAAAGGAAAGAAUUUCUUGAAAGGGAGAUUGAGAAGAGAUUUAUACGCACAAGUCCAUUAGGAAAAGACCGAAAUCAUUGCAGGUAUUGGUUUUUUCGGCGUGAUGGCAGAAUAUUUGUUGAGAAUUCUGAAUCCACGCAGUGGGGUUAUUAUCAGACCAGAGAAGAGCUUGAUGCUUUGAUUGGCUCUAUGAAUACAAAAGGUGAGAGGGAGAGAGCCCUGAAGAAGCAGUUGGAGAAGUUCUACAACAAAAUAUGCUUGGAACUAGAAAAAAGAUCAACGGAGGCUGUGCAAAGGGAGGAUGCAAUGGAAGAGGCUCUGGUACGGAGGUCAACUCGUGUUCGUGCCCCACCUGGGGAAAAUGCUACGCACUCGUUCCUUAAGUAUGUGAACAGGUGGAAAGAUCUAUAGGCAUUAUUUUUUAUUUUUUGGAGGUAUAGAUGCAGCUAACCACCCUGGUUAAGUGGCAAGGCCAUCUUGAAUGAUAUUGUUGCUUACUGGGAAUAUACAGUAGAUAGUUCUAUAUGAGAUGAAAUCCCCACACAUUCUUUGUCGGGACAGAAUUUUCGGAAUCUCGGCUUCAUCGGCCAUCAUUGGAUGGAAAUUUUGGUAAUAUACCCCAUCAAGAUGGCCGCUCAAUUUGAAGUUGCUGCUAAUCUUGUUAUUUUAUGCAUUGCACUCGUUAAUUUUAAUGAAUUUUGAAUUAUCA